AUGGCCGAAUACAGAACGAAUCCGCUCGCUGCUGGUGCCGCCUCCACGACUGCCGGCGCCAUUCUCGCGUCACCGGCUGCGAAGACGGGGACGUCACCAGCAAAGGGGACAUCCGCAGGCAUCGGAACGGACGACACCAGCAGCCUGUUCCAGUGCGGCUCCUGCAAACGCCAGUACAAGCGGCUGGACCACCUGGCACGACAUGUCCGAUCACACACCCAGUCCCGGCCGUAUCGCUGCCAAGUCUGCACCAAGGCCUUUGCCAGAGCUCUGACCAACACCGACAGUGACCUCUUGAAACGACAUGCCGCAGGCCAUGACCGCUCCGACUCGUCCUCCACGGCAGGCAGCAUACGCAGCAAUGGCGGUGCCGCUUCGUCUGCGCUGCGCGCCUCGAUCUCGGCCACCGUCUCGGCCACCCGCGUCUCCCGUGCCUGCCAGGCCUGCUCGUCCAACCACCUGCGCUGCAGCGAGACCAAGCCGUGCCAGCGGUGCACGAGCAAGGGGCUGGUGUGCGUCUGGGACCGCGCGGCCGACAUGGUCGUCACGCCACCGGCCACAAUCGGGGGCGAUGGAGACGGCGAUGGGGCGACCAACGAUGGCGACGACGGCGACGACGACGACGACGACGACGGCCGCGGCCACGACAUGACUGGUGCUUUGGGGACGACUCGCGUCGCCAACAUGACCCAGGACAUGACCGCCCACGACAUGGACUUGAGCCUGGCGACGCCCAUGAUGCAGCCAAUGCAACAUGGAAUACAGCAUGGACUGCAGCAUGGACUGCAGCCGAUGCACGCGCAGACGCCUCUGCAUCCGCAGCCACACGUCGACGACCCUCCCGAGUCGUUUAUGCGCAUGCUCUCCGCCUUUGACUUUAGCUACAAGGGUGCCAGCGCAACCGCCGCCGCCGCCGCCACCGCCACCGCCACCAGCAACGGCAUGGUACCGCUCGCCUUGCCGCCGGACAAUACCAUGAUCAACCACAUGCCAGGGUACUGGACGCCCAUGGGCCUGGGCGCCUCUCUCGAGAUGGACGCGGCUGCGUCCGUCAACAAUGGCACACUCGACCUCGGGUUCGACGAUCUCGACGACAUGGACUUUCGCUUUCUGGACGCCUACAACACGCGCGUGCCGUUUGAGUUUGGUGUCAGUCCGACGGGCGACGGUCUGCACGUAGCGACAACAUCAACCCCCUGGCCGGGGUCGGUGCCCGGGGCGGGACCUGAAUUCAUACCGACCACGUCGCCCCGCCUCGGCAGCGACACCGACAACAACAACAGCAACAUCUCCCAUCACAGCCACCUCACCUCGUCGUCUGCCAUCGGAACCGGCUCCGAGGCCUUCCAGCGCCACUACUGGCGCUUCCGUCCCAACGCCCAAGACCAUGGCGGCGCCGAAGAACACAACCUGUCCCUGCCGUCCACCAGCGUUGUCAUGGACCACACGAGCCCCGACUCGCCGCUCGCCCAGCAUAUGCACCCAAACUCGCACGCUGCCGCCCUGGCCGCCACCCACACCCGCCUCAACAACACCUCGCGCGACAAGAUCCUGACCGUCGUGACCUACAACUGCCGCCGUGAAAACGUAGCGCGUGUCGUCACGUCCUUUCCCACCGUCGAGCUGCUCGACACCCUCCUCCAGUUCUAUCUCACGUCGCCCGUCGCCCAAGCCUCUGCCUGGCUGCACCUCCCCUCGUUCCACGACAACCCCAACGACUGCCGCCCCGAGCUGCUGGCCGCCCUGGCCGCGGCCGGUGCGGUCCUGACCGCCGACUCGACCCUCUCCAAGCUGGGCUUUGCCAUCCAAGAGUGUCUGCGGAUUGCCGUCCCGCGCCAUUGGGAGCGCGACAAUUCGCUGACGCGUGAUCUCGAGCUGGCCCACGCAUACCUGCUGACGCUCGACAUCGGCCUCUGGAGCGGCCGCAGCCGCAAGGUCGAAAUCGCCGAAAGCUUCUUCCUUCCUCUGCUGACGAUGCGCCGACGGGACGGCAGCUUCGGACGCGCGCGGCCCGCGCAGCCCACACCGCCCGUGGCCCCGGACGACGAAGGCGAGGCCCUGCACCAGAAAUGGAAGGCCUGGGUCCACCGCGAGGCCGUGACGCGCUUUGCCUUUCGCAUCCUGCAGCACGACACCAACACGUCCAUGGCGCUGUUGACGCCGCCGCUGGUGUCGUAUGCCGAGAUCUUGCUGGCGUUUCCGGCGGCCAAAGCGCUGUGGGGGGCCGAGACGGCCGAGCAGUGGAAGCAGCUCUACCUGCAGAGUGCCAGUGCGCGUGGACGCGGCGCGGACGGCGGCGCAAGCAUGCCCGCGACGCUGCCCGCGUUCCUCGAAGACCCCGAGGCGUUUCUGCAGGUCCACUGCGACCGCGUCGACAUGGGCGUCGUGUGCGCGACCUUCUUGUCCUGCGCCUGGGGGCUGACCUGGGAGUAUGUGCAGAUGCGCGUCCUGCAGCGCGAGAUGGCGACCACGUCGGCGUCGACGCUGUCCACGACCGCCUCCGCCUUUGCGGGCCGGCGGCGCGGGCACGCGCUGGUCAUGGGCGCCCGCCAGGACGAGAUCCUCCAGCUCAUCCAGUCCUUCCGCCAGGCCGCGGCCAGCACCGUGCUCUCGUCGUCGCUGUCCGCGUCCGACCCCACCCUCGGCAUGCGCACCGAGCUCGUCCUCAUGCACACCCACACCGUCCUCGAGCAGGUCCAGCUGUUUGCCGGCAUGGAGGGCCGCGACCAGGCCCGCGCCGUCCACCCCGUCAUUGUCGAGUGGGUCGCCUCCGAAGGCGCGCGCACCUCGCUGUGGCACGCCGGCCAGAUCCUGCGCGGGACCCGCCAGCUCGCCCGCGGCGUCGUGUCCGGCCCCACCGCCGUCAUGGUCUACCACGCGGGGCUGACCCUCUGGAUCUACGGCGCCGUCGCGGCCAGUCUCCCGCCGGACGUGGCCAGCGACGGCAGAGACGUCCUUCUCGACGGCGACGCCGCCGCCGCCGCCGCCGGCACGUCGUCGGCCCUCCAGCGCUUCUUUGUCCGCGGCCAAGGCCGGCCGUGCAUCUCCUCGGACACCGGCGAGGUUGUGCCACUGUCGCGCCCGGACGGCGUCAUGGCCGUCGUGGCCGGCCUCCUGCGCCACAACCACGGCGCGGGCGCACGGCCGCACAUGGUCGAGAGUCUGAUCCUGCUGCUGGACGAGAUCCAGCGGGCCUCGGCGACCGUGUAG